GCUGGCACGGGCCCUUCGGCGAGCCGCCCUCCAAUUGGCUCUCUGCCCGGGGGCCUGGAGGGAGGCAAACAGCUCGUCACUGCCAAGGCAGCGGUGAUUGGCGAAGCCCUUCGCACAUCACGGGCCUCGGGAUUCGCCCUGCAGCUGUCGCUGGAACGUCAAGGCCGGUGACGUCCUGCCCGCUCCCCCUGCCGCCCCUCCAGCUGUGGCUCUUGGGUGAGCCCCCGCCCCCUUCUCUUUUAUCUUCCCGCAGAAAACGUGACGGGCUCUCUCUGCCUAGGCGCGAGUCGUCGGGGGCUCCGGGCCUGAUCAUGCUUCUCCGGUCUUGCGCGCUGGUAUAUAAAGAGGAAUUGGAUGGGCGCAGGUGGUGUCUCUUCACCGCCGUGUUUCACUUUUAGAAUUGCUGUGCAGUCACGUUAUCGGGCGGUUGCGUACUGAAGAUUAGACUGGAAGGGAAAAAAAGACUAGGAGCCGGGCCAGGGAACGGCGCUGCUGCUUUCGGAUCCGCUCUUUCGAAAGGAAGCUUCGCCAGCGGUGCUGGACCAUGGCAGACGAGAGCGCCCGCGGCGGCAGCCCCAGCGGUGGAGCCGCGGCCGAGCCCUCCGGGGGCUCCUGCGACAGCAGCCGCUGUAACGUGCUCAGCUGGGAACAAGUGCAGCGCCUGGACCGCAUCCUGACCGAGACCAUUCCCAUCCACGGCCGGGGGAACUUCCCGACACUGGAGAUGCAGCCGCGGCAGAUCGUAAAGGUGGUUCGGAGCCGCCUGGAGGAGAAGGGCAUCGGCCUGCGCGACGUGCGCCUCAACGGCUCGGCGGCCAGCCACGUCCUGCACCAGGACAGCGGCUUGGGCUACAAGGACUUGGACCUCAUCUUCUGCGCGGACCUGAAAAGCGAGACCGAGUUCCAGACUGUCAAGGAUGGCGUCCUGGACUGUCUCUUGGAUUUCUUGCCCGAGGGCGUUAACAAAGAGAAGAUCACUCCCUUGACUUUGAAGGAAGCCUAUGUGCAGAAAAUGGUGAAAGUGUGCAAUGAUUCAGAUCGAUGGAGUCUCAUCUCCCUGUCCAACAACAGUGGCAAAAAUGUGGAGCUGAAAUUUGUGGACUCUCUCAGGAGGCAGUUUGAGUUCAGCGUAGAUUCUUUUCAGAUCAAGCUAGACUCCCUCCUCCUUUUUUAUGAAUGUUCCGAGAACCCGAUGACUGAAACGUUCCACCCCACUAUCAUUGGGGAGAGUGUCUAUGGGGAUUUCCAAGAAGCUUUUGAUCACCUUUGCAACAAGAUAAUUGCUACCAGAAACCCAGAAGAAAUCCGGGGAGGUGGCCUCCUUAAGUACUGCAACCUUCUAGUAAGGGGCUUCAGGGCUGCUUCUGAAUCCGAGAUUAAGUCGCUCCAGAGAUAUAUGUGCUCCAGGUUUUUCAUUGACUUUUCAGACAUCGGAGAACAGCAGCGGAAGUUGGAGUCAUACUUGCAGAACCACUUUGUAGGGCUCGAGGACCGCAAGUACGACUAUCUCAUGACUCUUCAUGGUGUGGUGAAUGAGAGCACAGUGUGCCUGAUGGGACACGAGAGGAGGCAGACUUUGAAUCUCAUCACCAUGCUGGCAAUCCGUGUCCUAGCGGAGCAAAAUAUCAUCCCAAACGUGGCCAAUGUCACUUGCUACUACCAGCCAGCCCCAUAUGUAGCAGAUGCUAAUUUUAGCAAUUACUAUAUCGCCCAGGUUCAGCCAGUGUUCCCCUGUCAGCAACACACAUACUCCACUUGGUUGCCCUGUAAUUAACAUCUGUUUUAAUAGACUUGGUGGGGAAAGUGGUUUUUUUUUUUCUAUCUAGCAACUAAAGGGGAAGGAUGGCACUCUCCUUUAAAAAUAAAAGGGGGUGGUUUUUGAGAAACGGUGGUCUGCUCUAGCUUUUUAAGCUUGAGGAAAGCUGGCGGUUCUUCUAUUUGAUGUGACGAAGCAUAAUUUAGAAAAGAACCAACAACUUAAUUGGAUUCCGCCCCAGAGCACAAGAGGCCUGUCAUGAAAAGCAAAUAGCUCCCCUUGAAGUAAACCAGGGAGGAAUGCUUGAUGACAAUAUGGGUUGGCUUAGCCUGCUCCCAUAGCUAUGGCUUAGUGAAAGUUGAGAAGCCUUUGUUUUUUAAAUGGGAUUUGCAAAAAAGGGAGACUAUGGGGUGGGAUGGGGGAAAGCUAAAUACAUGUUCAAGAAUUUGAAGUUAGCAGUGUAACAGAGGUGUUGAAGUAAGAUGUAUAUUGGAAUUGCUGCCUUCAGGGCAUGGACUCAACAAGUGCUGUCAGUGGACCAGUCCCAUAGAAUAUAGGUUGCUUGAAUAGAAUGCUUUAGGGGAAACAGCUUGCUCCAACUGAGCAGCAGUAGAAUGGCACACUUAUUAAAAAGAGAGGGGGGAGAUGACAAAUUCCAUUGUUUCCAGCUGUGUGCAUGCUUCACAUUAUAAAAAAAAUGUGGAAAAGCAAGAGAUCCAGCUGUAGCAAGCAACAUAUGCUUCCGGACCAAAGAUUUCACAGAUAAGUUAUCUAAGCAAAGAGGAAGACACAGUAGACAUUUUUUAAAAAAAGAUAUAACUAUAUUUGUACAAACAAAUAUUAAACAAAAGUGCCUGAUGCCUUCAGAAAAUUUGAAGUGAGAGAAAUAUAGUUUUGUGGUUUAACCUUGCAUAACUUUUUUUAUCAGGGACACAAGAAAUGGGGGGGAAGCUUGUGAAUAGGUGGUGGAGGAAAUGCCUAAUUUUUUUCCUGGCAAAUACCUAUAUAAAAUUUAUAUUGUUGGUAUGAUGUUCUCAUAGGUACAUGUGUGUAUAUUGUCGCAUGUGUGUGCCUGAGUGCGCGCGCGUGUGUGUGUGUAUGUGUGUGUGUGUGUAUAUAUAUAUAUAUAUUUGUAGCAUUAUAUCUAUAUACACAAAAUUUUUUGAGUAUGUUCUAGGAAAAUGUAGCAAUUUUAAAGAAUGUUUUAAAUAAAGUGUGUUUUCCAGUCUGCAACAGGAUGUCCUAAUAGUGUGGGCACCUUGCAGACAGUUAUUGACCUGUACCAGAAAAUCUAGAUAGAUAAACCAGUUGUACAUGAGGUGGAAUUAAAAUGAUGCCUUUUGUUGCAAGAACAGAGCUUUCAGUAAUUCAUUGGAGAAGCCUUAGAAGCUUCCUGUCUGGACAAAUAUUUCACUAGCUGACCCUUUCUCCUCAUAUUUUGUGUUGUAAUAUGGGUUUGACACUCAAAUCAGUAAGUCUCAUGCUGCAGAUUUUCAUACAGCAUAGACAUCCCAUUGAAAGAUAACUCAAGGCAAGUCUAUUUAAAUUUCCCGGAACGGUUAAAGAAUAUUGUCUUAUUUGAUGAUUUGAUGGCUAAUUAUUACUAUUUAAAAAUAAUUUACAGAAUGCAUUGGGCAUUCCAGGACCACUAGAAGAUUGUAAAUGUGAAAUGAACCAUUAUGGAAGAGUG